AUAUAUAGAUUUGCUGUCUUCAAUUUAGGUAAGUGUUUUCAGUUGUCACUUGUCAGCGUAUUUGACAAGCGACUAGCGAUCAUGAAGAGGAAAGCAGUUUAUGAUUGUGAAGAAGGUGGAGUGUUGUGGCAGCGAGGGCCAUUGUUAGGGAGAGGAGGAUUCGGCUGUGUAUAUUUGGCGGAAUUGAAGAAAUCCAAGUCAAGAACCAGUCUUUAUCCACAGUUAAUGGCGGUCAAAUGUGCAGAGUUUUCUGUUUCAAAUUCGCUUCAGAAGGAAAAACAGGUUUUUGAUGAUCUUUGCGAUUCUCCUUACGUUCUCAAGUGUUAUGGGGAAGAAACUACUACUGCCUCUAGUGGAGAGAUGAUUUAUAAUCUCUUAUUGGAAUAUGCUUCUGGAGGAACCCUAUCUUCUCUUAUAAAGGGAUCAGACGGUGGUCGAUUGGCUGAACCUAUAGUGAAGAGAUACACAAAGUGUAUUCUCAAAGGAAUUGAUUAUAUUCAUAGAAAUAGUUAUGUGCAUUGUGACUUGAAGCCUGAUAAUGUGUUGCUUGUUUCUUCUGAAAGCAGUGACUUUGUGCCUAAAAUAGGGGAUUUCGGGUUGUCUAGAAAAUGUCAAAGGAACAAGAGGAGGAAAUUUGAUUAUGGUAUAGGAGGGACUGCCCCGUAUAUGGCACCAGAGACCCUGACGGAUAACAUUCAGGAGGCUUCUUCUGAUAUUUGGGCUCUUGGUUGUAUAGUUCUUGAGAUGUUUACUGGAAAGAAAGUAUGGGAUUCAAAAGGUAAUAUGGGAACUGAUGAAAUUAUUCAGAAAAUUGCUGAUAGAUAUGAAUUGCCUGAAAUUCCUAAUGAGAUUUCAAAAGCUGGUAAGGAUUUCUUGAAAGCUUGUUUGGUUAAGAAUCCUAUGUUUCGAUUUACUGCUGAGAUGCUAUUGAAUCAUCCUUUUGUAUCAGAAUUUGAUGAAACAAUACGCAGCCAAUCUGGGGAAGUUUUGGAUGAAAGGGGUUCUAGCUUGUCUAAUAAUCCUGAUAAUGAAGUUUGUACUUUGACUUCUUAUGAAGAGUCAAGUACUUUCACAUCUGAAGAGGGCUCUUCUACGUCUUCUUCUUCAUUGUCAUCGGAUGAUGAGGAAGAGUGUGAUAGCCAGGAGUUUUGUAGUGCUCCAGUCUCUACUGUGAUUGACGAAGAUGUUCAUUUACACAAGGUGAAGCAGUAACCUACAAUCUCAACCACCCCACAGUCAUUCAUUUUUCAGUCAAGUCCUUGUUACUGUCAAUGGCACUGGCGCAAGAUUUGCUAUCUGGGAGUUGAGCAAUUGAUCAAAGAAGUAACUGGAGCCUGCUAACUAGCUGCCUAUGUUUUAGUUUCAUAGGAUUUUGUAACCAAUUUCUUACAAUAUACCAAUUUGUAAUUCAUAUAGUUAGUGCUACAAAUAUAACUCAUUGAUGCCAUGAUCAUUUCUGUUGGAAUUUGGUGUCAAUCAUGCAGCUUAGCAUUCCAUUUACUGCUGCUUUUAUUUCAGUAUUCCAUCAGCAACUUUU